ACUGGUAUUGGUAACAAUAGAUAGUAUCUCUCAACAAAUAUUGUACUGGUGUUUAAAAAAACUGCAGGAAAUUGUUGUAAAUAACACAUCAUAUUCACAUCAUACAUGGUAUGACAUUGUAUUGGAGUUUUGUGAAUGCAAGGCAAAUGAAAGACAUCAUGGUGGAUAGAGAAUGUCUGAAAGAGGAUAAUGGCUUUUAAACCUUUAAGCACUCAAAUCCUGACUGUCAGCAAUAUUAGUCGGCACUGCUUCCUGCAGUUGCUCAGGAGUCUGACUCAGAGGUAUUAUAGGCAUGUUUUGCCUCUACACCCAUAGUAACCAGUACAUCUGCCUGGCUGAGUGGACGUUGACACCAUGAUCAAGCUUAAGGGACGGAGGCAAAGCUUGUUCCCCAACUACAAACUUGGGGUCACAGCCCCUGCUCCCAAGGAUCCUGAUGAUUCUGAUUUUCCCAUUGACCAACACAACUGGGUGAAACCAUGGAAUUCAAUGCAGGAGCUGAGUGGUGAUGUUUAUGACAUCUAUGCGGAGUAUGAAGAUGAUGAAGAGGAUAAACUGCUAUCCACCUCUAGUCAGCUGUCCUCUCCAACUAAGAAUUACAUGCUCAACAUCAACGUGGGAGGCAAGGUCUACCAGAUAUCUUAUAAAUGAUAUCAUAACAAUGAGUUUUUCUUUGACCGUGACCCAGACAUCUUCCACAACAUCUUUAACUUCUAUAGAACUGGAGUUGUCUGGAUUAAAGAUGAGUUGUGUCCCCGCAAUUUCUUGGAAGAGAUCAACUAUUGGGGCGUUCGCAUUAAGAACACGCAUCGCUGCUGCCGCAUCUCAUUUGAGGAACGUCAAGAUGAACUCAAUGAACAGCUCAAGGUACAAAGGGAGCUGCAAGCAGAGGUGGAAACUGAAGAACAUGAGGACCAGUUCCAAGAUAUGGCUUUUGGUCAUAUUCGUUUCCUUAUUUGGAAUAUGAUGGAGAAGCCCUUCUCAUCUAUCACAGCCAAGCUCAUGGCAGUUGCAUCCAGUUUCUUUGUGCUGGUAUCACUUGUGGCCAUGACUCUCAAUACAGUAGAAGAAAUGCAGUAUACAACUACAACAGGCCAGCUGAGUGGUAAGACCUACUGUGAGUAUGUGGAGACUUUCUGCAUUGAUUUUUUUACUAUGGAAUAUCUGCUUCGACUUAUGUCCACCCCUGAUCUCAAACACUUUGGAAGAAGCAUGCUAAAUGCCGUGGACCUGAUUGCGAUUCUUCCGUUAUAUCUUCAGAUGAUCCUAGAGUGUUUCGAGAAUGAAGAUUAUGGGAAACAUGGCAGUGAUAUUGAGACUGUUGGACGUGUGGGUAAAUUGGGUCAAGUUCUGCGUAUCAUGCGCCUCAUGCGUAUCUUUCGAAUCCUGAAACUGGCACGUCACUCUACUGGACUUAGAGCUUUUGGCUUUACGCUCCGACAAUGUUACCAGCAAGUGGGAUGUCUUUUCCUCUUUAUUGCCAUGGGAAUUUUCACCUUCUCUGCCAUGGUGUAUACCGUAGAGCAUGACGUGCAUCAAACAAACUUCACCAGCAUUCCACAUGCAUGGUGGUGGGCAGCUGUGAGCAUUUCCACUGUGGGCUAUGGCGACAUGUUUCCAGAAACUCACCUGGGCAGGAUUUUUGCAUUUGCUUGCAUCUCAUUUGGCAUUAUUCUCAAUGGAAUGCCAAUAUCCAUCCUAUUCAAUAAAUUCUCAGACUACUAUGCAAAGUUAAAAGCCUAUGAAUACACCUCCUCCAUAAAGAAUAGAGGAAAAGUAAGGUUUGUAAAAAGAGCUGCUAAGACAUUUGCAGAACACUUCUAGAAUGUGCUGUUAACCAUCUGCCAACAUUCACAACACAUUCAUUUUUUUGUGUGUAUGAUGUAUAGUGUUUUGAGAGCAAACUGUAAAAAGGUACUUUGAAUUAAAGCAAUCUGUAGAGCAUUUCUGAGUUUACCUGACCUCAAGAGGUUGAAGCUUUAACAACUUAUUUGUGAAACUUCAUUAAGACUGGCAUUGUAAGUUCCUCAAUAAGUACUUCUAAAAAGCCAUUAUAGCCCAGUUUCACAGACAAGACUUAGCUCAAGCCAGGACUAAUGCCUUAGUUAAAUUAGGAUAUUUAAGUAAAUUUUAUUCAAACGCGUUAGAAAAAAAUGUUACUGGUGUGCAUCUUGAGACAAAAGAUGGCACUGACAUAUCUUAAAAUAGUUUCAGGGCAAGUUAUUUUCUGUUCAGGCAGCUCAAACAUUUACAUGCAUUUUAGUCUUGAACUAGCCUUAAGCCUUGUCUGUGAAACUGGGCAAUUAAGUUAGUAGAAGGGUUUGGAUAAACUAGAUGACUACGUAUCUUGCAUCAAAAGUCCUGUACAGUAUGUCCCUCGAGUGUCUUAUUUGCUACAUUUACACUUAUUUAGCAGAUGCUUUUAUCCAAAGCGACUUACAGAAGGCAAUAAUCAUGAGAAGUGAUGGUAAUACAAAGUUUCAAUCACAACGUUCAGAUAGUAAUGUUAUCUGCUCUGACAAAUAUGUAUGAAAGCAGUUCAUAAAUACACUUUAAAAAUGAAUGUGUUAAUUUUAACACAUUGUGUUAAACACCAGUUUCAUUGCUUGUUCAACUGUUCAAAAUAACCAUCGGUUUAAGGUACUUUAUCCUUACGUCAGCUUUUCUUGAUUAAAGGAACAAUACAGGGUUUUUAGGAGGAUCUAUUGACAAAAAUGCAAUAUAAUAUACAAAACUAUUUCUUCAGAGGUGUAUAAAGACCUUUUGUAACGAACCGUUAUGUUUGUAAUACCUUAGAAUAAGUUGUUUAUAUCUACAUACAGAGCAGGCCUACAUACAUUGAAUUCGCUGCCAUGUUUUGUACAGCAGCGCUAAACGGACAAACAACUCUACAAUGCGGGUUUCCUCUUCCUCUCCCCUGCAGUAUAGUGGUGAAACAGAUCGCGGAUGAUGGAAAGUCUUUAUAAUAUUAAUGCAGGUCCUAGCUCCUGCCUGACUUUUAUCCUUCUUUUUAUACUUAGAAUCCACAGAUCUUUUAUUUCAUGUAAUAAAUUAGACAUCGCUCUUUCUAAUGCCCGCUUGAUCUCUUCCCUGCGUCAACAUGAGAAGACACGUUGUCGCAGCCGACAACAUCUUUUUGCACUGUGGUGGCCACCAUCGUGUUUGGACAGAGAUUCGUUGCAAAUCUAUAAUACAACACUAGUGGCCGCUGUAAAUCAAAAACCUUUGAAGCAACACUUUGUAGUUUUUCGACCUUAAAAUAAUGUCUCUAAAAUUAUUUCAGUGGUAGAACAACUCUUAAACAGACAAAUUCUACUGCCGCUGCUACCCAAGCAGCCUCAUAGCGGCUUCAGCCACACUAUGUAAAUUCUGUGUUCGGGUCAGUAGCCCAGCCCAUCGCCUGCCUGCAGAAAAGUGCGAUAUGGUUUACAAACAACGUUUCCGCAUUUGCCGGUUCCAUCAGCUUAGUAAAAUUCAUAUGUAUUGUGCUGCCCACGGGGAAGCUUAUACAGUGAUAUUAUUUACAAUACUGAUCACAGAAAAUUGCACUUGUCAACCACAUAGGGGAACCCGUGAGCAAAAGUGUAGGUUUUAAAACAGGUAAUAUGAUUUAUCAGGGUUUUUUUCUGCAUGAAUGCAGAGUCAGGAAUAUUGCAAAAUGAUGUAAUGAACAGUGUUGGGUAAGUUACUCUGAAAAAGUAAUUAAUUAAUAGUUACUAAUUACACAUUCGAUAAUGUAAUUAGAUUACUGUACAAGUUACUCUCUUCAAAAAGUAUUUAAUUACUUAUUACUAAUUACUUUCUAUAUCCUACAUCAACCUUGAUUAGUUUAGUGAUUCAUGGAUAGACAUGAAACGGCUCUUUUAAUUCAUUCAAAUAAAUCAUUUAAAACUACAUAAAGUAUUAUUAUUAAUUACAAAUGUGAGAAUUAUACAUUAAAGCAUGGAUUUUAAAGUUAGACUUUGAAUUUUGAUGUAAAUUCCU